CACAUAACCAUUCCCAGCAUCACUUCCUACCACUUCCUACUCUCAUUCCAACUGAGCUAAAUUCCACAUACACCCGCUAACCUGCAAAUCAAAUGGCCCGCGUCGCAGCUACCCUCCUCCUGGCCCUCGUGGCCUCCACCGUCGUCAUUUCCGGCACAGAGGCGGCGAUCACCUGCGGCCAGGUGUCGUCGCUCCUUUCCCAGUGCAUUGCGUACGCACGCUCGGGGACGGGGACGCCGCCAGCAGGUUGCUGCAGCGGCGUGCGCAGCCUGAAUGCUGCCGCGCAGAGCACGGCGGACCGACAGGCGGCGUGCAACUGCCUGAAGCAGGAGGCUGCGAGCGUCAGCGGCCUCAAGCCUGGUGCUAUCUCUUCCAUCCCCAGCGCGUGCGGCGUCAGCGUCCCAUACACCAUCAGCACCUCCACCGACUGCAGCAAGGUUCACUAAAAUGACUCGCUUCGACCUCCCGGGAGUGCGUGUGAGAGUAGGGAGGUAUAUAAUAAUAAAGUGAAGUGAAGAAUAAAGGUGGGAGCUUCUGCUGAACACCAUUGAGUUCACAUAUGUGGGUGUGAGGACGGGCUCUCUCUCUUACACCCAUAUAUGUGUAGUUAGUGUAUCUGUCCUCUGAUACUGUUGUGAUGUAUCCCAUAAUGUCUUUGAUGAUAUUUGGGUUUUGUAGUAGUGUUACACUAUUAUAUGAAUAUGAGUUACCUGUUUCCAUAAA